AUGGUUUUUGGUAAGGGAUCUGUUGGCCGAAAGUUGCUGGGGGUGACGGGCCUGGUUGGCUCGCUGGCGCUCGGCGGUGGCUACUUCACGUAUCAGCGAAGACUGAAGGAAAACCGCAGCUGCACGGCUGAGGAGUUCAAUGCGGCACAAAACCAGGAGGAACUGUCGUGGGCUCUCGCACACCUGAAGAAUCCGAAGGAGCACCCACAGCUUGUGCUCUAUCGCUAUUCUACCUGCCCCUUUUGUGGGAUGGCAAAGGCCUUCCUGGACUACGCCAAAAUUCCCUACAAGUGCGUUGAAGUGGAGCCGAUGUUGAAGCGGGAGAUUUCCGCCUUUGCGUACAAAAAGGUUCCACAGUUGCAGUUCAACGUGCACGGACACAAUGGCCCCAUCCUGGCGGACUCUGAAAUUAUCGUCAACACCCUUGCACAACACGUGGGUAUGGGGAAGCAGCUGAAGGAUCCGGAAAUCACGGAGUGGCGGGCGUGGGCGCGUGGGCCGAUGGUGCGUCUUUUGACCGUUGACUUUAACUCGUCUCUUUACAGAGCAUGGAGUGGUUACUCGUACAUCAAUGACAUUGACACCAUCCCGUAUGCGAACAAGCUGUUCUUAAAGGUGGUGGGUGCACCGGUGAUGUACCUUGUGGCACAGUACGUCACCAAGCCCCGUCUCCUUAAAAGUGGACAUCUGCGCGAGGGGGAAGAUGCAAAGGAACGACUCCAUGGUGAAAUAAAAACAUUUGUUGAGAAGGCUCUGCUAGAUGGGAAGAAAAGGUUUCACGGCGGUUCCAAACCAGAUCUUGUGGAUCUAGACACAUAUGGCGUUCUCCAGUCCGUUAGGGGGCACCGUGUGUACGAGGAAAUUGUCCAGUCGACAGCCAUUAAACCAUGGUUGGAUGGGAUGGAUGAGGAGCUUGGCCGCGUGAGCCGUGCUGCGUAG